UUUUUUAAAUGUGUACUUCAUUUUCAAUGUGACAAAUCGUUCGACCCUCUCUCUCCGGCUAAUCUCAGUGCACUCAAAGCAAGCUAUGUACAUGUCCGAGAAACCACAGCCCAUCGAUUUCUACAAAACUGAAGCAUCCGCAUCUGUUACCGGCGACCUCCUCCACCACCAAAGCCGCGAAAUGAUAAUGGAAGUCGCCGCCCCUAAUGUACCACUCCCAUCUCACCAUCAUCAGCCACUUUUGGUUCCUACCGUCUGUAAUGGCGGUGACACCAAUAGCAGCGGCGGAGAGGACAACGCCACUAUGAAUCCAUCACCGGAACUAAGGGCUCCUAAGAAACGGGCGGAGACAUGGGUUCUCGAAGAGACCCUCGCUCUAAUCAGCCUCCGGAGAGAAAUUGACUCUCUCUUCAACACCUCCAAAUCGAAUAAACAUCUUUGGGAUCGGAUAUCCAUGAAGAUGAGGGAGAAGGGUUUCGAUCGGUCGCCCACCAUGUGUACUGAUAAGUGGAGGAACUUGCUCAAAGAAUUCAAGAAGGCUAAGCAGAACCAUGAUAGAAACGGGUCGGCUAAGAUGUCCUAUUACAAAGAAAUUGAGGAAAUUCUGGUUGACAGAAACAAGAAUGGCGGUGGGGGCCACAAGAGCCCUCCUGCUCCAAAAGUUGAUUCCUUUAUGCACUUCUCUGAAAAGGGCCUAGAUGAUAACAAUAUUACAUUUGGACCUGUUGAGGGUGUUUGUGCAGAGAGUGGGAGGCCAACUCUGAACCUUGAAAGACGUUUAGAUCAUGAUGGGCAUCCUCUAGCCAUUACUGCUGAUGCUGUUACAGCAAGCGGUGUCUCACCUUGGAACUGGAGAGGAACUCCUGGAAAUGGUGAUCAAGGCAAUGUAUUUGAAGGCAGAGUGAUUUCAGUGAGGUGGGUAGAUUACACAAAGAGGAUUGGUAUUGAUGGCAGUGCAGAUGCCAUUAAAGAAGCAAUUAAAUCUGCUUUUGGAUUGAGGACAAAGCGUGCCUUCUGGCUGGAAGAUGAAGACAAUGUAGUACGAGCACUUGAUCGAGAUAUGCCUUUGGGGAGCUACACCUUGCAUGUUGACGAAGGCCUGUCUGUAAAAAUAUGUAUGUAUGAGGAGGCAGAAGAUGUGGCGUUUUCGACAGAGGAAAAGACAUUCUACAACGAGGAAGACUUCCGCGACUUCUUGUCACGCCGUGGGUGGAGAUGUUUACGAGAUAGUUACCGAAAUAUUGAUAGCAUGGAUGAGCUGUGCCCGGGUGCUAUAUACCGUGGUGUGCAUUAAUUAAAUUGGUGUCUGCUCCCUAGUUUGAAAAGAUGUGUAAUCUUGUAUUUAGCUUUGCAGUUUGCCAGCCAUGUUCUGAUUAUAAAUGGACUUCUGGCUGGUGAAAGAUGGCAGCAUCUUCACUCAAAACCUGAUCAUGUUGUGUAUAUAAUUAUAUAUAUUUGUAUAUUUAUAGUCAC